CAGCACGGGCGAGCUGGUGGCCGUGAAGAGGCUGCAGCAGGAUUCGGCCAAGGAAAUUCGGGAUUUCGAGAGGGAGAUCCAAAUCCUGCACUCGCUGCAGCACGACUUCAUCGUCCGGUACCGGGGCGUCUGCUACAGCCGGGGGAUGCGCGGGCUGCGGCUGGUGAUGGAAUUCCUGCCCAACGGCUGCCUGCGGGAUUUCCUGCAGAAGAACCAGCCCCGCCUGGAGCACGGGACGCUGCUCCUCUACGCCUGGCAGAUCUGCAAGGGCAUGGAGUACCUGGGGGCGCAGCGCUGCGUGCACCGGGACCUGGCCAGCAGGAACAUCCUGGUGGAGAGCGACAGCCACGUCAAGAUCGGCGACUUCGGGCUGGCCAAGCUGCUCCCGCAGGGCAAGGAUUACUACGUGGUGCGGGAGCCCGGCCAGAGCCCCGUGUUCUGGUACGCUCCGGAAUCCCUGGCUGACAACAUCUUCUCCUGCGCCUCCGACGCCUGGAGCUUCGGCGUGCUCCUCUACGAGCUCUUCACCUACAGCUCCAAGAGCAGGAGCCCCUCGGAGGAAUUCCUGCGGAUGAUGGGCACCGCCAGGCCGCCGCAGAUCAUCUGCCACCUGCUGGAGCUCCUCAAGGACAACCGGCGACUCCCGGCUCCCACCGGCUGUCCCCCGGAGGUGUACGCGCUGAUGAUGAGCUGCUGGGCCUUCACCCCUGGCGCCAGACCCACUUUUGGGGAGCUGUCCCCCAAAAUCGAGGCGCUGCGGGAUGGGCGGAGCAAAACUCGGGGGUAGCUCCCCCCCCCAAGAAUGGACCCCUCCCCAAUCCGUGGUGAUGCUUCCCUGAGCUUUGAGGGGGGACAGAGCCCCCACCCCUCUUUUCCCACAUCACAACCCUCCCAUCCCUUUGGCUUUUCCCCCUUUUUUCCUUGCCCUCCUCGCUCCGUGGCAGAAUUGGGAUGGAUUUAUGGGAUUUAUGGGAUUUAUGGGAUUUCUGGGAUUUAUGGGAUUUAUGGGAUUUAUGGGAUUUCUGGGAUUUCUGGGAUUGGCGCCGUGGCAGGAAGGAGGCAGCAGCCGGCGGGGGGGGAUUUAUUAGAAAAUAAAGUGUUUAAUAAAAGA